AUGCCCUUGCAAAAGCCAAGAGUGGCUGCCGUGGUAGAUGGGGAAGACGACUCGGAUGACGGAGAGCUUUCUCACACGGCCAACGCACGAAGAGCUCCUUCUGUGGAGGAGCUCAAACAGAACGUCACUUUAUUGUACCAGCGUGCGGCAGUUCAGUCGUCGUCACAACAGGCUACCCCACCUCGGAAUGACCCACACGUCGUGGAAUUGCCACCGCCACCGCCAGCGCCUUCCCGAAAGUUGCAGGUCCGAGAAUCGGACGAAGGCCUAUCAGCGCUACAGAGACAAUUAACAGCACUUCAGUCAGUGCUUAGGAGUAGUCAAAAAAAGUUCCAAGUGCGUGACGACGCAACGGCAAGACGGCCGCUACCAAUUGUUACUGCAUCCCAAUUCAAACGUCCAAUCAGUGAGGACUUCCUCCAUGAAUUGAGAGGAUGUCGGUUAACACAAUCUGCCGGAGAUGAAAAUACUGCACAUCUAAAAGAAGGUUUCUCUUGUCACUGUGAAAACAAUUUAAGGAGUGCUUACAACAGAUGGAGAGAUAUUCUUGCAGAAAUACACGCAAAUGCAUUAAAAAGGACAUCAACAAUUGCCUCCAAGCUAGAUUUGGAAAUCAAAGGCCAGAAACAAUUCUUGGAGGAAGCACGGCAGCGUAUUAAAGGUACCAUUCUGCUAACAGACACGCUUUCUGAUACAAUCACUUGCUUUACUCGCCAUUCUUCGGAGCAUUAUGGCGCUCUUCAGAAAAAACAAAAAACCUCUACCUAA